GGUCUUCCAAGAUGGCCGCGUCGGAGCAGAAAGAGUUGUUGGAGCAGCUUUAAAUGACAGUUGAGGAGCUGCAGGUCGCUACUGACAUCUGUAGAUCCAGACAGAGGAGAAAAGUGUCACCUCCUCAGCCCCGCAGACAUGAGCAAGGACGCUUUAAUCCUCCCCAAGGACUUCCCCACGCUGCGGAAUGACACAUUCCUGCGAGCAGCACGAGGAGAAGAAACUGAACAUGUGCCUGUCUGGUGUAUGAGACAGGCUGGAAGAUACCUACCAGAGUUUCGUGAGACCAGAGCAGCGAAGGACUUCUUUGAGACGUGUCGGACACCAGAGUCCUGCUGUGAGCUCACUCUGCAGCCUCUGAGACGUUUCCCCUUCGAUGCUGCCAUCAUCUUCUCUGACAUCCUGGUUAUCCCUCAGGCCAUGGGGAUGGAUGUCCAGAUGGUGGCAGGUAAAGGUCCUACAUUCCCCGACCCGCUGAAGGAGCCAGAAGACCUGCAGCGCCUGCAGGCCAAAGUGGACGUGGACAAAGAGCUGAGCUACGUCUUCAAAGCCAUCACACUGACCAGACACAAGAUAGAGGGCAAAGUGCCGCUCAUUGGCUUCACCGGAGCUCCGUGGACGCUGAUGUCCUACAUGAUAGAAGGCGGAGGCUCCAGGACCUUCUCUAAGGCGAAGCGCUGGCUCUACAGACACCCUGAGUCCAGCCACAUGCUGCUGAAGAUGCUGACUGAUGUCAUCGUGGACUAUCUGCUGGGCCAGGUGGCAGCCGGAGCUCAGGCUCUGCAGGUGUUCGAGUCCCACGCCGGCAUUCUGGGUCCAGCAGAGUUUAAAGAGUUCUCUCUGCCGUACCUAAGAGACAUCGCUCGCCGAGUCAAAGAGAAACUCAAGGAGGCAGGAAAGGACAUUCCCAUGAUUGUGUUUGCUAAAGAUGCUCACUACGGCCUCGAGGAUCUGUCUCAGUCUCAUUAUGAGGUGGUCGGGCUGGACUGGACCAUAGACCCACGAUCAGCACGGGAGCGCACAGGUGGGAAGGUCAGCCUGCAGGGGAACAUGGACCCUUGUGCUCUUUAUGCUCCAAAGGAGCGCAUUUCAGACAUCGUGAAGAAGAUGCUGGAGGGUUUCGGCCCGAGGGGCUACAUCGCCAACCUGGGCCACGGCCUCUACCCCGACAUGGACCCGGAGAACGUGGGCGCCUUCGUGGAGGCCGUGCACCAGCACUCCAAACAGAUGAUCAAACAAGAGUAAACAUCAGUCUGUCUGGAGGAGUGUGUGUGUGUGUGUGUAAGCCAAAAAAAUGAUCAUUAUAGUGAUGGAAAUAUGUACAAAAUGCAUUUUUUAUUAAAAACAUUUACAGCUACAAGUCCAUUUUUAGCAGUUAAAUAAUUCAUUCCCAGAGAUUUCUUUUAAGGAGGAAAAAUAAAAAACAACAAAUUCAGUACAGUCUGCUCCAGUGUAGAUUUUCAGGAUAAACAAGAUGAUAGUUUCUGUUUAUCUGUAAUAUGUUGAUCUGACCACGAGUGGAUUAUGUGUUUACACUGAAGACGGAUGACAUUAUUGCAUUACAUGUACAUUACUAAUGCAUUUGAAUUGUUUGGGAUUUGUAUUUAUAUUGGAUCUAUUCAGAAAAUUGCUCAAAACGUCUUUGACUUGUGGAUGAAAACUGUUUUUUUUUUUUUUAUUUGUUUCCAAUCAAACUCCCCAUAAUGUCACUCUACAUACAAAAACAAACCGAGACGAACCUUCGUGACCCCUUAAUGGCUGUAAACGGCUUCAAUCAAAAAGAGAGCUCUUCAUCAGCACAAGGAGCUUCUUUGUCCUUGGAAGAAAAACAAAAAGGAAAAACAAAAGCCAGUGAUUUGCAAGAGACGUAGAACUGCAGUUCUGAAAUCAAUUUAUGAGGAAAAAUGUCAGCACACAGCAGUUGAUCAUUCCACCAUCUAAAAUCUUAACGUUGAGCAAUAUCCCCCGCUGGAUCCCAGCAUGAAGAGUUUUAUUUUUACUGCCACAGAUAGAAAAGCUUCUAAGAAAUGCAUGUUGUACAAGAAGAUGCCUUAUGCUCUCUCUGUUAUCACCCAAAUCUGUUUUUUUAUUUCAGCAGCUCAGACUAGAAAAAAAUGGUUUAUGAAGUGAAACAAAUUGUAAACAUCUAGAGAUGCAAUUUUUCGGAAUGUCAAAUGCCAUAAAUGUAUGUAUCUGACUGUUUUUCUUCUGUCCAGUUAAAUAAAGAUGGAGUACAUUUUAAGUGCAA